ACAUAUAACUUUUCUUUAACAAAUUCCCUUCAGGCCUGGCAGCAUGGCAGAGGCUUUUUACGUUUAGUAUUGUGAAUAGAAUGGGAAAGCCCGCCCCCUCGCUCUGAUUGGCUGCUCUGCUCUCGUCCGCUCUGCAUUGGUGUCGGUGUGCGCCACUGACAGUCGCUGCUCUCGUUUGGCGCAAGUAACAAGGUGAAAAUGACUACAAAGUUGCGAAGCUGCGCCUACAAUUAAUGACCGACCGGCGCUGACAGCUCCACACAGACAACAACAAGCCACGCAAGAGGGCGUUUCUACAAGAAUCAAAGGUCGUCGGACAGUGGACCUAGUUUGUAUCGUGUAGCCUAUUCCAGAUCCAGGUACAGUGUUGUUCGUCGUUUCCCGUGAACGCGCCGGUAGCUGAUGUCAUUGGAACAGGUGCGCGAAACCCAAGUUAACAACAGUCGCCCUAGAUCGCGAGGGAUUACACACGGAUGUGAGUGUUUUUCUACGGCGUUUCAUUCAUCAGCCGGUAUUACGAAGCGAUUUGAGGCUGUAUUAUUUUUAUGUGCCUGGAUAAAGUAAGCUGUCCAGCCUCGGGUGGCAGUUUAUUGCUAUUUCCGUGUCUUUUUCUCCUAGAAAGCGCUUGUUUAGAUCGUUUGAAGACGAUAUUUGGCGACACUUCUUGGUGAGCGGUGAGGUUUACCAUAGAUUUUGUCAAGGCAAUGAAGAGCCCUUUUACCUUCGUGUGAGCUCGUAAUUCAAUUCAGAUGAAUGUACGUGAAUUUUGACUGAACCAUUACGGGAAUAUAUUUUAAGGACCGAGCGAUGCCGACUUCGAAGUUUUAAAACGUUUCUUUUUUCACCAAGACAUGGGGAUGAAGUCGCUUUGCUUUACUACGCUCUAAACGCGUUUGCGUAAGGAAAUAACCAGUUUUUUUUUUUAAAGACUCGUUUACUAAAGGGAUUUAUCAUGUCCAAGACGCUGAAGAAGAAGAAACAUUGGUCCAGUAAAGUGCAGGAAUGCGCCGUUUCGUGGGGUAACGCCGGGGAGCUCAGCGCCGUGCUGGAGAUAUGCGGGGGAGCCGAGCACGGAGAGUUCCCGCACCUGGGACAGGUGUUGUCGGACGCGUUAGUGUGCCAUGUCGGCAGGCUACCUGGUCCCGGAGACGUGCUUCUGGAGGUGAACGGCACGCCUGUCAGCGGACUGACAAACCGAGACACCCUCGCCGUCAUCCGCCACUUUCGCGAACCCCUCCGUCUGAAGACUGUAAAGCCAGGUAAGGUGUUAAACACGGAUCUGCGUCAUUACCUCAGCCUGCAGUUCCAGAAAGGCUCUUUGGACCACAAGCUCCAGCAGGUGAUCAGAGAUAACCUGUACCUGCGCACCAUUCCCUGUACCACGAGGCAGCCUCGCGAAGGGGAGGUUCCAGGAGUGGACUAUAAUUUCAUCAGCGUGGGGGAGUUUCGUGUGCUGGAGGAGAGCGGCCUGCUACUGGAGAGUGGCACAUAUGAUGGUAAUUACUAUGGCACUCCAAAACCUCCUGCAGAGCCCAGCCCAGUGCAGCCUGACCUGGUGGACCAGGUUCUAUUUGACGAGGAGUUUGAUGCAGAGGUCCAGCGCAAACGCACCACGUCUGUCAGCAAAAUGGAUAGAAAGGACAGCGCAGCUCCUGAGGAAGAGGAGGAGGAUGAGAGGCCACCCAUGGUCAAUGGGCUCACAGAACACAAGGAGGGACCGGAGUGGAGGAAAGCUGUGCCCAGCUACACACAGUCCAGCAGCAGCAUGGACUUCCGCAACUGGAACACGCUGCCACGUGACGAGAGCCAGGAGCCUCUGCCCAAGAACUGGGAGAUGGCCUAUACGGAGACGGGCAUGGUCUACUUUAUAGAUCAUAAUACCAAGACCACGACCUGGCUCGACCCACGACUGGCAAAGAAAGCCAAGCCUCCUGAAAAAUGCGAGGAUGGAGAGCUUCCAUAUGGCUGGGAGAAGAUUGAGGACCCGCAGUAUGGGACUUAUUAUGUGGACCACAUCAACCAGAAGACUCAGUUUGAGAAUCCAGUGAAGGAAGCCAAGAAGAAACUCAGCCAGGACGCGUCUCCAACCAGUCAGCCAAUAGCAGCGGCUGCAGGAGCAGUACCAACGCCCUUAAAUGAAACUGGUUUAAGGGGAUUCACACGGGACCCAUCUCAGCUGCAGGGUGCUAUCUUGUGCACAACUUUGAAAAAGAGUCCUCAGGGCUUUGGUUUCACCAUCAUCGGUGGAGACCGACCAGAUGAAUUCCUUCAAGUGAAGAACGUCCUGAGAGAUGGACCCGCCGCACAUGAUAACAAAAUCGCUUCGGGUGAUGUUAUAGUGGACAUAAAUGGUACAUGCGUGCUGGGUAAGACCCAUGCAGAUGUGGUCCAGAUGUUCCAGUCCAUUCCUGUGAAUCAGUAUGUGGAUAUGGUCCUGUGCCGUGGAUACCCACUGCCAGAGGACACCAACUCCAGCGAAGAGGGCACGGGCGACAUAAUAACUGCUAUGCCAGGAAUGGAUGGGCAGCCCAUUCAUUCAGAUGGGACCCCCUCUGUGCAGGACCUCCAUUACAUGACCACCGAUGGCAGACAUCCAGCUGCAGCAAUGCCCAACGGACGCUACCCAGAGGUGGGUGAGAACACCCUGCUGCAGCCCGAGCUGGUCAGCGUGCCUUUGGUAAAGGGGCCGAGCGGAUUCGGCUUUGCCAUCGCAGACUGUCCGCUGGGUCAGAAGGUGAAGAUGAUUCUGGACGCGCAGUGGUGCCGAGGUCUGCUGAAGGGGGACGUGAUAAAGGAAAUUAACAGGCAGAAUGUGCAAACCCUCGCCCAUGCGCAGGUGGUGGACAUCCUCAAAGACCUGCCCAUGGGCAGCGAGGUCAACGUCCUGGUGCUCAGAGGAGGUCAGACAUCUCCCGUGAAGUCUCUGAAACCUAUCACUCCAGCUAUUCCCAGUGCCCAGAAGCAAGACAUUGCCACCAGUUCCAUCAGCACUGAAACUCCCAGUCCGGCUGAACCUGGGCCCCAGUCCCUCCCCUUCCCUCCUCAUGCCAUCCGCUCCAACUCCCCAAAACUGGACCCGUCUGAGCUCUACCUCAAGUCUAAAGCCAUGCUGGACAGCAAACCUGCCAACACUAAAGAACUGGACGUGUUUAUCAGGAGGAACCAGGAGACUGGAUUUGGGUUCAGAGUGCUGGGUGGAGAAGGACCAGAUCAGCCAGUGUACAUUGGUGCAAUUGUUCCUCUGGGUGCCGCAGAGAAGGAUGGGCGUCUGCGGGCUGGAGAUGAGCUCAUCUGUAUUGACGGUGUUCCUGUCAAAGGCAAAUCUCACAAACAAGUUCUGGAGCUCAUGACCAACGCUGCCCGCAACGGGCAAGUGAUGUUGACUGUGCGCAGAAAGCUCACCCAUCCAGAAAGAGAGGAAGAUGAUGGGGGUCAACCUCAGGCCCCACAUGCUCCAGCGCUGGUCAAUGGCUCACCCAAACCACCCCACAUCGAGGUGUCCGGCCACAGCCACCCUCAGCCCUACGAUGUCACUCUUCAUCGCAAGGACAACGAGGGCUUCGGAUUCGUCAUCCUCACCUCUAAAAACAAGCCUCCUCCUGGAGUUAUCCCGCAUAAGAUUGGUCGCAUCAUAGACGGCAGUCCCACAGACCGCUGCGGUCGGCUGAAAGUGGGUGACCGCAUCUCUGCUGUGAAUGGCCAGUCAAUUAUUGAGCUGUCCCACAAUGACAUUGUGCAGCUCAUCAAAGAAGCUGGGAAUGCUGUUACCCUCACGGUGGUGCCUGAGGAGGAACACAGCGGACCGCCGUCAGGCACUAGUUCAGCCAAGCAGAGCCCAGCCACCCAGCACAGAGCCGUGGGACAGCAGCCUGCCAGCCGAGAUGACAGGAAUGGCGUAGAAACGGAGGAGAGGAAGGACACUAUGGCCCGAGCGGAGUACAAAUCCCAGCCGCAGGGUGAGAUGGGGACUGUCAUCACCUCAGGACCAAAGCAGGGCUGUUAUCCUGUGGAGUUGGAAAGAGGACAAAGAGGUUUUGGCUUCAGUCUGCGAGGAGGGAAGGAGUAUAAUAUGGGCCUCUUUAUCCUUAGACUAGCUGAGGACGGUCCUGCACUGAAAGAUGGCAGAAUACAUGUGGGAGAUCAGAUCGUGGAGAUCAACGGUGAACCUACGCAGGGCAUUACACACACACGGGCCAUUGAGCUCAUCCAGGCCGGGGGCAAUAAAGUGCUGCUGCUUUUGAGGCCCGGACUGGGCCUGGUGCCUGAUCAUAAUGUUAAGGAUAUGAUGACAGGUCCAUCUGCAAACUCUCCAAGGUAUUCUGCAUCCAAUGAGCCGUCGACACCAGCAUCUCCAUCCUUCGUCUCUCACUCCCCUGAGGUCAAACCCUCUCCACCCGAGGAGCUCUUCUUUGACCCGUUGGCCGCUUCUCACGGACAACUUCACCAACAUUACAGAGACACCAAACAGCAAACUAGAAAGAGCGACCCAAGCAUGCCUCGCGACAACAAUGACAAUUUUACACUCCCUCGAAGACAGGAUGGAAAAGAACGCUCACGGAGUCCAAAAAAGACUCUAAACAUGGACAACAGGAACGACCCUAGUGAACGAGAAGCUCGAUCCGCAAGCCCCAGGAAGACCAAGAAGGAAAACAUUGGGAUCAGACAGGAAAUGCCUCAAAAGGCCACUGACGGUUUGAAGCCUAACUCUGGAAGGAGAUACAAAGACGAGGACACUAUGCACAAGCAGGACAGGGAAACGGGAGAAACCAGACCUGAGGUCUCAAGAGGUGGCAGUGACAGAUACCAGAGGGACAAGACAGCAGAACCUCAGAAGUCCGAAAGUGGUACCCUCAACCGGAAGGACCAUAGAGGACGAGACAGGCCAGAGGACAUUGAGGGCGUUCCUCAAGAGACUCCCCACAAUGGGAACCCUACCACCAAGAGAGCCCCUAUAACCCCAGGCCCCUGGAAGGUGCCCAGCUCCACAAGGGUUCAGCCUCCGGUGCAUGGAGUCUAAUGCAUUUGGGAGCAGUUAUUGAUGUGAAUCACUGUGGAUUUUGUCUUUUUUUUUUUGUAUGACUUAUCACCAUCUACACCAGGGGUGUCAAACUCAGUUCCUGGAGGGCCGGAGCCCUGCAGAGUUUAGAUGCAACCCUAAUUAAACACACCUGAUCCAACUAAUCAAGUCCUUCAGGCUUAUUUGAAAACUACAUGCUUUGUGUGUUGGAGCAGGGUUGGAACAAAACUCUGCAGGGCUGCGGCCCUCCAGGAACUGAGUUUGACACCCCUGAUCUACACUAUCUACAUGCAACGUUUGCUUGUGUCCACCAACAAUACGAGCCUCAGUUUUGUUUUGUGCCAAUAAGACUGCAGCUACAGACUCAUCCAUGUCUCUUUGCUCCUGUGACCAUAACAUGAAGGAUGCUUUUCAGUGAAGGUUUAAAAUGUCUGUUAAUAUUUAAAAAAGGGGAUAGUUGACCCAAAAACUAAAAAUUCUGUCAGCAUUUGACUCUGCAGAUAUUUUGAAGAAUGUUGGUAACCAAAUCAAUCUAAUGUGUAUGGACCAUAAAAUCUUUUAUCUUCCACUGAAGACAGACAGAAAUACAGGGCUGAAAGACAUGAGGAUGAAUGAAUGAUGACUAAAUAGAUUUUUGGGUAAACUAUCCCUAAUUCUCCACCUUUGAUUCGCCACAUGUCCUUACGAAGACUUUUCCAGUGAUGCAACUGUCCUCGAGAUCCAGUCCUGAGAAGUGACUCUGUGUAGGCUGUGCAUUAUUCAGCUUUUUGCGGUGAAUUUUCCACAUAUCCAUCUUUAAAAGACCAGAAACUUGUGGUUAAGUAUAUUGUUUACUACUUGUGUGUUGAUGAAGACGCAUAUGUAAUUUAUUGAAAUGAAUAUGAUGAUAUAAACAUAUAUAUGUAUAGAGGUAUAGAUAAUUGUAUCCAUUCUGAGCCAGGUCACUUAUUAGUGUUCCAGCUUGCCGAUACGACUUUCAGCUUCCUAAGAAACAUAUUUUUUCACAGUGCUAUAGCUUUUACAGUUAAUCUUGGUGUUGGAGCAUUUGCAAGGUGUGUACAUUUGGAAUCAAAUGUUCGCUCGUAUCAUUAGCAGGUGAAGCAGAACUGGGAGAAAUUCAGAUAUAUUUUUGCAUACUAUCCAAUCUAACAUAUAUUUUUUCUUAUUCUUUUUUGCACAUCAAAUGAUUCAUACUGCAUCGUUUUCCCAAUAUUGGGAAUUCAUAUUCAUUUAAAGUGUCUUUGUGCAUCUGUAUCUUUCAGAUUAAAUGUCAAGAUGCUGUCUUAUAUCCAAGGGAAAUGUAGCUCUGAAUUAUGUACUGAACAUGCUGGAUGUUAUUCAUCAGGUUCUUAAAGCCUCAAACAAUUGGCACAGAUUCAUACGCAAGAUAUAACAAUGUCUAAUACCUUUUUUUCGUAACAGUAUUUUUGAAAUACCAUAAAUAUUGAAUUUCCAUAAGGAAAGAGCCAACAUCAGUAAAACAUUGCAUAUGCUACAGCGCUUCUAUGUUUUGUCAUGAUGAAAAAUGUGAAUACUUUCUAAUACGGUUUAUGAUUGCUUAGUGAUCAUUAAUCUCAACCCUUUUGUAGCUUGUUUCUCUAGUGCAUCUCAUGUCAUGAGGUUGUAUGUAUGAUACUGUGGCCUUGCAUUGCUUUAUCUUACACAAAAAAAGCCUUGUGGUCGCUACAUUGUGGUAGUUGUAAAUGUUUAUAAAAAUACAAUGUACAGCACCUGUAUAAAACUUGCCUUCGUGAAGGGAAAAACAAGGGGGAAAAAAUCUAUAAAUCGCUCCAUUAUUUUUUUAAGUAAUUGAGAGUAUAAACAUAUAUAUGAGAGUGGUUAAAGAAAUUAAUCUGGUCAUGACCUUCUGUUCAUGCACUGAUGAAUAAAGAUUUACUGAAAAGAUG